UUCCCCCACUUUGCGAUUGCGACACUGGAGCGCCAGCUAUAGGAGCGCAUCGAGUCGAAGCGCUCACAUUCGGUCUUUGUUUAUGCGGACAUUCGAUGCCUUUCCCCCCCGAAACUAAGCUCAUGAUUGCUCUCCCGAUUCACAGCAGCUAAGAUCAACUAUGUGGCGACGCACAUAUCUCACGCUCGUCCUCAUAAGGCUGUGGUUUGCGCUAUCACCCAGUUAUUUACACCCGGACGAGAACUUCCAAGGGCCCGAGGUCAUAGCUGGCCAAAUUUUUAGUUAUCCCGUUCGACACACUUGGGAAUUUACAAGCGAGAACCCUAUCCGUAGUGUUUUCCCACUAUGGCCCGUCUAUGGUCUUCCUAUGCUCCUCUUGCGGUGGCUAUGGAUCGGUAACGGCAAAGACGGAGAGAUCCCACCUAUUGCGGUUUUCUGGACUCUGCGCGUUCUCAUGUUUGUCAUCAGCUUUGUUCUUGAAGAUUGGGCGUUGCAUGAGUUGAUCCCGUCACCGAAGCAUCGCCGUGUUGCCGUUCUCCUCGUCGCCUCGUCCUACGUGACCUGGACCUAUCAGACGCACACGUUCUCCAACUCGGUAGAGACGCUCGUUGUUGCGUGGAGUCUCGUUCUGAUCCAGCGAGUCGCUGAUCCACGGCAGCGGUCAUGCGUUUUAUCUGCCACAGUGCUUGGAAUAGUUGGAGUAUUCGGUGUAUUCAAUCGAAUCACGUUUCCAGCAUUUCUUGUUGUUCCUGGGCUUCGACUGCUCCCUGUGUUCUGGAAGAGGCCUACGUCUCUCGUAUACUUGACGUUAGCUGCGGCACUGACAACUGUCAUUGCCAUCGGUCUGGACACCGCGUUUUACCUGCCAGGUCCCAUCACAUGGACCGACCUGAUCCAUAAACCUGUAGUCACCCCUCUGAACAACUUCAAGUAUAACUCAGCAACCGAGAACCUGGCGCAGCAUGGCCUUCAUCCUUGGUACCAGCAUUUGGUGGGGAAUUUGCCGUUGCUGCUGGGCCCAGCUGCAGCUUUGUUGAUAAUCAGACCCAAACUGUCAAUCCGACUCUGGUCGGCAGUGUCUGGUUUGGUGGUACUAUCGGCGUUUCAACAUCAGGAGGCGAGAUUCUUGCUCCCAACGGUACCACUAUUUCUUUCGUCAAUUCGCAUGCCCCGAAACCAAACAAUACUCUACGGCUUUACGACAGUUUGGAUCGGGUUUAACCUCGUCCUCGGCUCGUUGAUGGGUAUCUACCAUCAGGGAGGUGUGGUGCCGGGACAGGUCUUCCUGAGUCAGCAACCAGAUGCCACCCAAGCUAUCUGGUGGAAGACAUAUACACCGCCAAUCUGGCUUCUUAAUGGCAAGAAUGAGUUCUUGACCACGCGAGACGUUAUGGGUCUCAAGGGUGAGGUGCUACUUGAGCAACUCUACGGACUCGCCACAUGCGACACUCCCGCCGACAGACGAAACCAGGAGUAUCUGAAGGAGAAGAACGGUACAUAUCUGAUCGCCCCGGCAUCAGCGACAUGGUUAGAUCCGUACCUGUCCAACAAGGGCUUAGAGGGGCUACGAUUUAGAGAGGUAUGGCGUUACAGGAAACACUUGAACCUGGAUGAUCUGGAUUUUGGCGACGACGGCGUUUGGGACACCCUGGCCAGGGUUAUUGGGCGACGGGGCCUCGUCGCCUGGAGAGUAACAAAAAGCUGCCCAAAUUAGAGAAAAAAAAGGGGGGCAUGACUGCUUUGUCGAAUUUUCUUUGUCGCGUAUGAAAUAGAAAUCAUUAAUGACGAUCCAAUUUUCUCGGCUUUAUGGGAUAAGGU